GUUCCGGCGCGCUCUACGCGGGGCUCCCGGCUUAGCUUACUCAUUUGUGAAACCCUGGUAGAGUUCGAGGCAUCACGGGGUCCCUUUCAGUCUCACAGUAACGGCGGGUUUUCUCUGCUCCAGUUUCCUGGCCUCGCGAGGGUUCCACGAGGGUCCUACGUAGCGCCCAAGACAGACGGUGUGAGGCGAAGUACCAGAGGUCGUCUGGACUCUUCGCUCGUCCGUUUUCGAGCUGGAGGGGGCUUCGGGAUCAUCAGUCCGAGGCAGUCACUUUACAGAUGAGGAAGCCACUCCAGAGAGGGACAGAAGUGGGCCCAAGGCCCUCUGUCGCGCACACUCCCCGCAGGGUUCCCGCUUGUUAGUAGUGACUGAAGAUGGAUGUAUGUGUGGAGACUCGGCCACCCUGUGACUUCCAGCCAUGACCGACGCCACCAGCCACCAUUUCCUGAAGGCCCACUCUGUGCCAGGCACUGUCCCAGAUAUUGUGGGGAGAUUGAACAGAGUUAGAAGGCCCAGAGCUUGCCCUCGGGCAGCUCAGCAGUAAUUUGGGAACUGAAACCCACACAAAUGAAGCGGCGUAAGAGCGGUAACAAGCAGUAUUUCACGAGGAUGAUGGGUUCUAAGAAGAAGGUUCAUGCGUUUGUCCGCGUCAAACCCACUGAUGACUUUGCUCACGAAAUGAUCAAAUAUGGAGAUGACAAGAAAAGCAUUGAUAUUCACUUAAAAAAAGACACCCGGAGAGGAGUUGUCAAUAACCAGCAGACGGACUGGUCCUUCAGGUUGGAUGGAGUUCUUCAUGACGCCUCCCAGGACCUGGUUUAUGAGACAGUCGCAAAGGAUGUGGUUUCUCAGGCCCUGGAUGGCUACAAUGGCACCAUCAUGUGCUAUGGGCAGACGGGAGCUGGCAAGACAUAUACCAUGACAGGGACAACUGAGAAUUACAAGCACCGGGGGAUCCUGCCUCGCGCCCUGCAGCAGGUCUUCAGGCUGAUCCAGGAGCGCCCCACGCAUGCCAUCACAGUGCGCGUCUCCUACCUGGAAAUCUACAACGAGAGCUUAUUUGAUCUCCUGUCCACUCUGCCCUACGUUGGAGCCUCUGUCACGCCAAUGACAAUUGUGGAAAACCCAGAGGGGAUCUUCAUUAAGGGACUCUCUGUACACCUCACCAGCCAGGAGGAGGACGCGUUCAGCCUCCUCUUUGAGGGAGAAACCAAUAGGAUCAUAGCCGCCCACACUCUGAACAAAAACUCAUCCCGGUCGCACUGCAUCUUCACCAUCUACCUGGAGGCCCACUCCCGGACCUUAUCCGACGAGAAGUACGUCACUUCCAAGAUUAACUUAGUGGACCUGGCCGGCUCCGAGAGGCUGGGGAAGUCCGGGUCUGAGGGCCGCGUCCUGAAGGAGGCCACCUACAUCAACAAGUCCCUGUCGUUCCUGGAGCAGGCCAUCAUUGCCCUUGGGGACCAGAAGCGAGACCACAUCCCAUUCCGCCAGUGCAAACUCACCCAUGCCCUGAAGGACUCACUGGGGGGAAACUGCAACAUGGUCCUGGUGACUAACAUCUACGGAGAAGCCGCCCAGCUAGAGGAGACGCUGUCCUCACUGCGCUUUGCUAGUCGGAUGAAACUGGUCACGACUGAGCCUGCUAUCAACGAAAAGCACAACACUGAGCGAAUGGUCAAGAACCUGGAGAAGGAACUGGCACUGCUCAAGCGGGAGCUGGCGCUUCACAACAGCUUGGCCAACCGCCCCCUGGUAACCUAUGACCCCAUGGAUGAAGUCCAGAUUGCUGAGAUCAACUCUCAGGUGCGGAGGUACCUGGAAGGAACCCUGGAGGAGAUCGAUAUAAUCAACCUCAGACAGAUCCAGGAGGUGUUCAACCAGUUCCGGGUGGUUCUGAGCCAACAAGAACAGGAAGUGGAGUCUGCUUUACGCCGAAAGUAUACCCUCAUAGACAAGAACGACUUUGCAACCAUUUCUGCCGUCCAGAAGGCAGGGCUUGUGGAUGCUGACGGCCACUUAGUUGGUGAGGCUGACGGACAAAGUUUUGCAUUUGGGAUCAUCCCUUUCUCUGCCAAGCCUGGGAAGAAAACCAAGACCAAGAAGACAUUCAAAGAGCUGAGCUCUUCGUUGAGAAAGGAAGGCUUACUCAGUCCAGUGAGUACCAAGGUCUUCGAUGUGGUCUCCACCUCUAAGACCCAGCUGGUCUCAUCUGCCAAGGAGGGGGAUGUCAAGGACACACUUUCCCGGGAGAGGGAAACCUCCAGCAUCGAGCCUUCAGUAUCCGGUUCCCUGAAGGAGGAGUCACGCCCAAUCAGGCCCAGCACUCCACCCCCCAGGCCUUUGGCCUUUGAGGAUUUCAAGAAUGAGCGGGGUAGUGAGAUCAACCGUAUCUUCAAAGAAAACAAAUCCAUCUUGAAUGAAAGGAAGAAAAGGGCCAGCGAGACCACACAGCGCAUCAAUGCCAUCAAGCGAGAGAUCGAUAUGACCAAGGAGUCACUAAAUUUCCAGAAGUCGCUACGGGAGAAGCAAGGUGAGUAUGAGAACAAAGGGCUGAUGAUCAUCGACGAGGAGGAAUUCUUGCUGAUCCUGAAGCUCAAAGACCUCAAGAAGCAGUAUCGCAGCGAGUACCAGGACCUGCGCGACCUCAGGGCUGAGAUCCAGUACUGCCAGCGCCUGGUGGAUCAGUGUCGCCAGCGCCUGCUCAUGGAAUUUGACAUCUGGUACAAUGAGUCCUUCAUUAUCCCUGAGGACGUGCAGGCGGCCCUGAGGCUGGGCAGCAGCAUCCGGCCAGGCAUGGUACCUGGCCCCAGGAUUGUGUCUCUUGGAGAAGAUGACCAAGACAAGUUCAGCCAGCUUCAGCAGACGGUACUGCCUGAGGCUCCUAAUUCCAUUGCCUUCAUCAAUGCCAAAGUCAAAACAGAACAGAAGCAAAAUUACAUGAAAACCAUGAUGGGCCUCCAACAUGCCCCCAGAAAAUAGUCUCACCACCAGCCCCUGAGGGCCUGCCAGCUCCAGCCCACUGCAGCAGCGCCACUAACACCCUGCUGGCAGCUCCAGCCACCACUCUCGAACCUGCCAUGGCCCGCGUGCUGGGAAGAGCGUCUUCCAGGAGCAGCCUUACUCACAGAACACAUUUGGUUUUGAUGCACUGUCUUACAUGCUUGGGCAGGAUAAAAUUGCUUUCUAGUUUGGA